AUGGAUGUUGAUAAAGUUCGAAUUUUAGUCUUGGGUGAUUCCGGAGUGGGGAAAACGACCUUGAUACAUCUACUUUGCCAUCAAGAAUUUUUGUCCAAUCCGUAUUGGACUAUUGGUUGCUCUAUUCAUGUAAAGGUUCACGAGUAUGGCGAUAAUAGACAUGGGAAUAAACCGUAUUUCCUUGAACUGUUUGAUGUCGGUGGAUCAUCGAGUCAUGCCGCUAGUAGAGGGAUAUUCUAUAACGUUAUUCAUGGUAUCAUUCUCGUGCAUGACUUAUCCAAUCGAAAAUCAUUAAUGAACUUAAGAAAAUGGCUACAAGAAGCUCUUGGAAGUCGAGAAUCUGCAGGCAUGAAAAGUCCUAUCAAAGAAGGCCCAAAAGAAUACGAUCCUGAACAGUUUGCUGGUACUAGUAAUGUCCCGAUUUUACUAGUGGGCACGAAAUUAAAUCAGGUAGCAUCUAAUAAGGAGAUGUCAAGAUCGAAACCCGGAUUAGCAUCGGAAUUUGGAGCAGAAUCGAUUAACUUGGAUUGUAGCCAGGUGAAGGGUUUCCUAUCCGAUCGCAAGAUCCAGGGCAAACUAAAGUCUUACUUCGACAAGGUAAUAGAUAAAUGCUACCAAGGCAAUCCAAGAUCCACUAGUCAGCUAUACCACGAAACCUUAUCUCUAAAUUACUCAAAAAUUCCAGACAGGCAUUAUUGA